UUGGUUGCUUUAGCUGACCAACGCGUACUAAUCUUCUAGUUCUGUGUGACUGUACUUUAGAUCACAAUCAAGCAGCACAGCCGGUAUAGUCCUUGAAAGUUCAAAUUACAUACAGAGGUAGAAGCAGAGUUAUUUUCAUCUAUAUUGACUUCAACACAAAAGACAACACAAUAAACUGGGGGAAACUACUUUAAAACAUUUCGGAUGAUUCUUCACCAAAGGCCUGUCUGACCUGAAUGCGCUGCUCGUGAGCUACGGUGGCUAACAAGUGUGCUGGUGAAAUCAACGCUAUUCUAGAUCUAACAAAGUGAUUAAGUAAACAUGUUUGGUUCGUCGAGAGCCGGAGGAGUUCGCGGAGGCCAGGACGCAUUCAACUGGGAUGACGUGAAAGUAGAUAAACACAGAGAAAAUUAUCUGGGUAACUCCUUGAUGGCACCAGUUGGGCGGUGGCAAAAAGGGAAAGAUCUUACUUGGUAUGCCAGGGAUAAAAAAGGUGGGGCGGCUACAUCCAAAGCAGAUGAACUUGCAGCAGUCAAGGCUGCAGAGCAUGAGGCAAUGAUGGCUGCCCUAGGACACAAGAACAUAAAGAAACAACCAACCGGCUUGACAAGAGAAGAUCUUGUAGAAGUUUGCCGAAGGGAAGAGGCUGAUGGCGAAGAGAGAAAUGUGGACCGCAUCUCAGGCUUGGGUAGCUCUAGUGAAGGGUCAAGGAGAAUGCUACUGUCCCAAAAAGAGAAAGAGGUUGCCAAAAUGGGUCUACCAGUUUUCACACAUUACAAAACGGAGGGACGUCCACAGCAAACUGCAAGAACAGACACAGCUGAAAUUAAAGAAAUAGAACAACGGGAUGAGGGCAAAAAGAAAAAGAAGGAAAAAAAGAACAAAAAGGAGAAAAAGAAAAAAGAGAAGAAGAAGAAACGACAAAGAAGAGACUCGUCCUCUUCAGACUUGGAUGACAAUAGAAAGAAGCACAGAAAAGACCACCAUCAUCAUAAUCCAUCAUACCAUAGUCAGAGUGGAGCCAGACCCCAUGACAGCCAUUCAAUAGGGGGAGUAAAUGCCGAACGAGAGCCCCCUCACCCCUAUCAUCGACAUCGGCGGCAUGACUCCUCUGAUGGGGAGUCCCCUGUCCCCCGCAACCCUGCAAGCCACAAGAUGGCCCCUGCUGCUUUGACACAAAGCCACAGGCGGCGCCACGACACAGACUCGGACGACUAAUGUCCCUCCCCCCAAUUUAAACAUAAUAUGAACAGAGCGCUCUACAGCAGCUCGACCAGCCCUGAAGACCUUAUUUACCCUUCAGUCUAACAGAGCCAGGAGACAGGAUGACAGGCCUGACAAACAGGCUUUGACCUUAUGUUUAAUUUUUUCACACCGUGAUUUGGCCAGUUGGGCCCAGCACAGUGUUGGUCAUUUAAACCUUCUUCAUGAUUUUAAUAACUUUUUUGUUGUGUCAUCAGAUUGGGAUUUUUGUCAUUAUUUCUUUGAACAUUAAAUUGUGCUAUAACUGCUGCGACAGUUUUUUUUGUUUUUAGGAGGAAUAAACAUAUUUUGUCACCAAACAAAGAUCAACUGUUCUGUGGCAGCCUGAGUGAAAACCUUAAUAAAUUCAAAACAGAGUUAA